AUGACAUCGUAUACUGUGGAACAAAUAGACGAGUACCUCGGAGCUGCGAUUGACAAGCUCCAUGGAACUCCGAACCCAGAAGUCAUUCAUCAAGGCGUUACUGUACCAGUGCAAAUGGCGGCUGGAGCCACCACCCGGGGCAAGACAAGGAGAGCAUCCAAAGAAGGGACAUCCGCACCAAAGCGCGCUAAGCCCAGGCAAAGGAAGACAAAAGCAAUAAGUGAGGAAGACUCCGACGCGGAACGCUUAUCCGAGGAGCCACCUCCUCCUCCAUCUCCCAACCCUCCCCCGUCUGCCCGGCACAAGGAGCCAGGCGAUCAGCUUUACAUAUCCAUUGUUUAUUCGCUCCUGAUGGAGGUAAAGGAUAAUCAGAACAAAAUGAUGAACAUGAUGCAUGCAUUAACAGAACAAUAUGAUGACGAUUAUUCUCCCCUGAAUUCGGACUCCGAAGAAGUAGAUCGUGUAGUUGAAGAUGAUGUCUGGAGUGAUAACGAGGACGCGAUGGCCGACUUCGUUGAAGAUACAAGCAGGCAAGAGGACCCCGAUAACAAUAUUGCUUCUCUGGAAUCGCCUAAUCUUGAGCAAAAUAUUGAAAAUUUGUCAAAUAAUAAAACCAUAGCCAUGGUUUACACUUUUAGUAAUAAAACAAAAAAUAAACCUGCAAAAAGAUUAAACAAAUUGAAAAGUGCUGAAGAAAUUUCAAUGAGCGUACACAGUGAUAUACAUUUACGUGACGUCGAUCUUGAACAAAUUGAAAAUUUAAACAUUAUUGACUUCGAAAAGACCUCGACAGAUCUAGAUAUUUUUGAUCUUGAAGAUGAUCAGGUGUUGACACAGGAUGAUCUGUCGUAUUUGGACCAUUUGGAAUUAGAAAUUACCAAGAAAAAUGACGAUAUUGUGCCGAUUACUGUGUGUGAAAAUGUGGAUUUUGCUUUUCCAUAUAUUCCUGAUAUUAGUUCCGAUUCUGAUAAUGAGGAUGAUUGUUUACAACCAGUGCGUAAUAGGAAACGUCACCGUAUUGUGUCUGAAACUGAAAGUGAGGAUGAAAUAAUACAGCCGUCGCCUCGCGGUUGUACGUCAUCUUCGGGAAACUGGUACUCUCCAUCUGGUAAUCAACCGAAAAUAAUACCUUUUACGGAAACGCCAGAUCAUUACUCUGAAUGCUCGGUACAUCAAUUACAUACAAAAAUGGAAGGAAAUACAUCUCACAAAGAAAAUCAUGAUCCGGUUACUGCGAUGAAAACACCUGUGAUAUCAACAAAUCCUGUAGUUAUAAAGAAAAGGGCUGAAAUGGUUUUAGAUUUUCAGUCGCACUGUAUCAUCAAAUAUGGGAUACCUAGCAGAUAA